ACACACCUGCCAGAAGCAACUGGAAGAAAUAAACCAAUCUUUCUGAGAACUCUGAGCCGUUCAGGCAGGGAGGGCAGGGAAUGACCCAAGGGCAGGGUCACUGAUAAAAGCCUCCCUGGAGGAUUGUGCUCCCAGCCCUCUCCCUGCCGCCAUCCAGCUCCUCCCCGCAGCACUCACCGCCCAGCAUCCAGCAGCCGGCACACAUUAACCAGCGCUCUCCAGAGACGGGGCCGCGCCGGGACUGCUCCCGCUCCACGCCUGCGGCAUUCUGCACACGCCGGGGCAGCAGCUUCCCUCCAGCCUGCCACAGCCACAGCCUCAGCUCUGCUCAGACCACAUGGCCACUGCGGGACAAAUUGUGGCCACAGGCAUCUGUCACACAGAUUAUCACAUUUUGAAAGGUUCCUUGCCUAAUGUGGAAUUCCCAGUUAUCCCUGGCCAUGAAGGAGCUGGGAUUGUGGAAAGCAUUGGAGAAGGAGUGACCUCUGUGAAACCAGGAGACAAAGUGAUUCCCCUUUGCAUCCCUCAGUGUGGGGAAUGCAGCUUCUGCCGGAAUCCUGAAUCCAACUUCUGCCAGAAGUCCCAUUUCUCUGAACCACAAAACCUCCUGCCAGACAAGACCAGCCGCUUCUCUUGCAGAGGGAAGCAGAUCCACCACUUCCUGUGGAUCAGCACCUUUGCAGAAUACACCGUGGUCCCAGAAUACGCCGUUGCCAAGAUAGAUGCUGCAGCACCUCUGGACAAAGUCUGCUUGUUUGGCUGUGGGUUUUCCACAGGCUAUGGGGCUGCCAUCAACACAGCUAAGGUAAAACCAGGCUCUUCCUGUGCCGUCUUCGGCCUCGGAGGAGUUGGCCUCUCUGUUGUCAUGGGCUGCAAGGCAGCUGGAGCUUCCCGCAUCAUUGCCGUGGACAUCAACAAGGACAAGUUUGCCAAGGCCAAGGAGCUGGGAGCCACCGACUGCAUCAACCCUCGAGACUUCCAGAAGCCCAUCCAGGAGGUGAUCACGGAGAUGACCGGGCAGGGCGUCGACUACUCCUUUGAGGCCAUUGGGCACGCGGACACCAUGGUAGGUGGCACUUCAGCACCC